AAUCUCCUGUUUGGCCUCCUCCUAGUUCGUUCUUUCUCCCUCCACUGUGAGACUGACCGUCCGUCCCUUGCGGGUGGCGCAUUCACUAUUCUUAAGCCCUCCGAGGCUACCACUACUACUCUCCUCAACUGUUUGGAAAAACAUUCAUACCCAUACCGAUUCAUUCCAUUCCAUUGCGUCUUCGCUCGCUGUCCCGCCUUAUUCCUAACCUACUCCUCCGCGACAUCCACGACCUCCACGAUCUCCCAAUCUUCUUCCUCCAAAUUCUUCCACAGCCUUCACAAUGGAAAAGAAGCGGUCGAGUCGUCGAAUUUCCUCGCUCUUCAGCCUGGGAGGUUCCGAUUCUGGUGCAGGUUCCGCCGGUUCAUCCGAAUCAAGCAGUCGCCUUACCAAGGUGAAGAAUCGCAUCUCGUCCGCAACACACCUCACGCCCGAGUAUCCCCCACCACCGCCCCCAAAACAACAUGGAAAUACUCUCCAGCCUACCAUUCACCCCGUUGAGUCUGCGCCGGCCGCACUCGAUCCUCCACCCCCAAUUUCGUCCGCUGCAAACUCUCGCUCUAGCUCACCCGCCCGCCCCGCCUCUACGACCCGUUCCGGUAGCCGACCAGGAAGCCAGACAACAAGUCGACCUGGAACACGAGACGGCUUAAGAGACAACUAUGGCGGUGCAGGGUUACAGGUGCCUGCAACUGGCGAGACAAAACUGCGAAAAUUGAAGAGGCGAAGCGGACUCUUUGGCGGAGCCCAGACCAGCGACGAGGGGGUCCAUGAAACUUCAGGUCGAGGUCCGGUGAAAGGCCAUGCAAAUAUUCCCGGUGGACCUCUAGCAUGGAUAAUUGGUCACAGCGGGCAAGUCCCGUACAAUCUCACUAUGCUCCUGAAUGGAGAAAAGGUUGACGAGCUAUGGGACGACCAGGGUGAUACUCUGGUAUAUCUAUUCCCGCGUACGUCUGGAAAGGGACCUUCCUUCCGCAUCGAUUCUUCACUAUACGCAGAUUCCCUCUACAUGACCAAACUCGUGCAUGGGUCUCUAUACAGCGAACCCGCUCACGGCACAAAUCAUGACGUAGAAGCCCCAGAGCGAUCUGAGACGUUCCCAUCUAUUCGAACCGAAUCCCCUGAGCCUGUUGUCAAUGGAAGCAGUUCCGAUGGAUCGAAGGGAUCACGAGCUCUCAGCGAUGCCACAGAGGACGAUCAUUCCGAGAAACACCUGUACCUACCUAUUCAAUUGAGCACCGACCAAGCUGCAAUCACACCCAGCGCGCAGGAACCAAGGCUCUCAACGAAGGACAUUGACACCCUGAUCACAUAUCGUAACUUCAUCGCUUUUCUCAUGGGCCAGUCCUUGGUUGCGACAGAGCGACAUCACGGAAUCUUCGAAAUCUUCUUGCGAAUCUCUGAUAUCCUUAACCACUAUCAGUUUUCGAACGUCGAUGGGUCGACGUAUGGCGAGAUCGCUUCUUCAAGUUUUGACAGCUAUGUGGAUGAACUCGCCCUCGCCGAUGUUCGCAGCAGCCGGGAGAAAACAAUUGAAGCUAUCGUCCUCGGAGAGCACAUGCGGUCUAUGGUUCUAUAUACAGAAGGCUUCGUGCACGCGGCAGGGAAAUUGGACAGCAUUAAGGAGCUUAACCAUCCUAAAUAUGAGAUGAUCAGCCCCAAAACCAGCACAAGACUCGCUCGUGCGGCCAUGGACCUGGAAAUGCGUACGAAGAACAUCGACACCAAGUUGACCGAUUUCGACUUCCCAGCGAUAUUCUCUGGCUUGAUGAACAGCGAUACCGCGGAUGAAAAGAAGUUGAUUCGCUUUAAGAAUUGGAGGGCCUCGUUCAUGUCAUGCAGGUCGUUCGCUAUUGACUAUUAUAAGAGCAAGUACGGAUCAUGGCUUCCCAAAGCCAAGUCGAAGAAGAACAACCUCACGACCAGCGGCUUGAAUCGACUUGUCUUACUAGAAAUCUAUCGCGACUUGUCUACAUUGUACGACCUCCUCGCUGAUCGUACCAACUUAACCACACGCACAGCCGAUGGAUUCACCACAGAAGAUGAGGGAACUGGUUUCGAGUGCAUUGCCUAUCGUGCGUUGCGGAAGGUUUUGAGCGAAUAUGAUCGAAGCGUACCUCCAGUGCAGCCGCCCAUUCCUUUCGAUCUACCACUGUUCCCGACCUUGAAGGGCAUCAAGAGCGACUACCCUUCCAACGACCCCAAGAAGGACGCUAAAGCCCGCAGCAAGAAGCUCAAAUCCGACGAGAUUGCGCGUAUCAUGAAACGGUCACACAACCCUGACGCUGAGCAGCAGACCGCUUUCUUAGAGGCUUUCCGUGCGUUCGAGCACAAGCAGGCAAGCGGCAGCACGAUGGACGAGUUGUGGGAAAUGCGGACAGGCCACUGGCUGUUCCUCUACGCCGUGAUCCAGUCACUACCCAUGUUGGUCAUCGAUGCGCCGGGUGUGCGCUACACACAAGGCGUUGAGUACUUCCUCUGCGAGCCGCCUAGGUCGGGUGCCCCUUGGGGAAGAGACGAUACGACCAGGGCCCGUACUUGGUUCGGAGUCGCUGGUGGAACGCAAGUUGUCAGCCUUCCGACUGACAUUGUUCAGCACGGCGUUGAAGGCGUUUUCCGUCGCUCGCACUGUUGGGCCAUGGCAGAGAAGUGGUCCCAGUAUGAUGUCCUUCUGAAUGCUGCAGUCCAAGAGUCGAUGAACUCAGCACCACUACCGCCCCCGCCCGGAGGCAUGCUGGCAGCGAACGGCGCCCCGAGGGCCCGCUCAUCCAGCCCAGAUCGACGACGCGAGUCCGUCAUGGACUUCGGCUUGGAAGCGCUACCCGUGCCAGCCGGUCCCGCCAAUCCGCUCGUUAUGCGACCUGCUUCUAGCAACGAUCCAAGCAAGACCUUCGAUGCGAUUCUGCAAUCGGCCGAACUGCAGCAGACGCCGCCAAAAGGAAAGAAGAAGAAAUGAGCCACGAACAUAUAGCAUAGACCCCGGAUUCGAAAUGUUGCACAUACAUCAUGUGUACAUAUAUUGUAGACAUACACCACGAAUUCUGUAUAUGGUAUCGAACAUAAAAAGGGGUAAAAAGAUGAGCGCAGCGUAAUCAUUGUAUAGUUAAUAUCCUUUUCGUUUCCUUCAUUAUUCCCGCAUGGCAUUUGCAUAUCAGAAAAAAAGCGGAUGGGAUCAGUCAAUUGUCCUUGACGACGUUGGGUGACCAACGCAUUCAUGUUCCAUAACAGGUACACAUAGAAUAUAUACAACUACAGAGGGUAGUAGAACCUCGAGAUUAGAAAGUAUAUACGAAAAGAAGUA